CUAAAACUAAUCGAGUUAGAUAUAGGGUUAUAUAUAUAUAAAUGAUCAGGAUGAAGAGACCUGCCACGUCCCGAGCAAGUUGCGCUCACGACUACGAUACUUGAUAUUAGCAGUAAUAAAUUCACGAGUUUGCUGCCAAACAUCACAUUCGGCUAUGCAAACGUUUCAAAACUCUACGCUUCGAACAAUAAAAUAUUCAACAUAAGUCUCUUUGAACUUCCAACCAAUUUGACAGUGCUGGAUCUACGUAAUAAUCGUUUGAAAUCCUUAAGUGCUGAUUUUUUGCGUGCUUUUCUCAAUGAGAGCACGAAACUACAAUUUCUGAAUCUGAGUGAAAAUCCUUGGUUUUGCGACUGUGCUGCUCAACAGCUGCUCUACACUGUACGCGCACAUCGGCAACGCAUACCCGUUGUCGAGCAGUUACGAUGUAAUAAUCUACAGAAUGUUACCCUCCUAACAGAGAGCGUGAGCGAAUUAUGCCAAACUGAUCUUAACGUUAAAUAUUAUAAGUACCUGACCGUGGCUGUCACUUCUGCAGCGUCACUUAUUAUUAUUUUACUUCUAAUCAUCGCGUUAUUCUAUAAAUAUAAUAUAAAAGUGAAAGUCUGGUUAUACAGUCGCAACAUAUUGAGCUGUUGCAUUAAUGAGCAUGAGCUGGAUAAGAAUAAAACAUUCGAUGCGUUCAUCUCCUAUGCACACCAAGAGGCUGACUUCGUCAACCAGACUUUAUUGCCACAACUCGAGCAAUGCGAACCACCAUUUCGUAUAUGCACGCACGAACGAAAUUGGUUGGCAGGCGCGUAUAUACCUGAACAAAUCAUCGAAUCGGUCGAGCAGUCGCGUCGUACGAUCAUUGUUCUCUCGCAGCACUUCAUCGAAUCGGAAUGGGCGUGCAUGGAGUUUCGCACAGCGCAUCAGUGCUCGUUGAACGAAGGUCGUACACGCAUAAUUAUGAUUAAAUAUGGUGAAAUUAUCAACAGUGGGUUAUUGGAUAAGGAAUUGAAAGCAUAUUUGAACAUGAACACAUAUCUGGAUUGGCAAGAUGACAGAUUUUGGGAUAAACUACGGUAUGCCAUGCCACAUAAAAUGGGUAUAAAACCGAGUUCCGAAAUUUUCUUGUCGCCAAAUUUCGUCUUGAACUAA